AUGAGCGAGCGCCCACGCCGCCCGGAGCUCGGCGGUGGCGCCCCGCGAGCCGCCCGCGGCGCCGUCAAAUCCAGCGGAAUGACCUCCUCCUCGAUCCACCAGCAGCACCACCAGCAGCUGCACCACAGCAACUUCCUGCGCAGCCAGCUCACGCGCCGCCCCACGGGCGCAGCAGGCUCCGGCGCGUCGGGCGCAUCGGCCGCGGGCGGCGGGAGCGUGGCGAGCGGCUCCUCGGCCGAGACGCUGCGCGUGCCUGGCGGCGGCGGCGCCGCCGACGUCGACGUCCUGUCCGACACGUCGGAGAUUGUCGUGCGCAACCAGCAGGGCGAGAUUGAGCUGGGCGAUCCGCCGACGCCGGUGCUCGAGGAGCACGACGAGCAGGCUGAGGAUAGGCAGGAGGCUGAGAAGGAGAGACAGCGUUUGGCCGACGCCGUGAGGCACCACUCUGUCAACCACAGCUCUGUACCCGAUCAGCCCGAAGAGCUGCUCGAGGCGGUCCGCGCAGAUCUCCGCGCCAAGGUCAGCGCCCUCGCAGAGGACAAUUGGAUGUUUGAGCCAGAGGAGCCGGCUCGCGGGUGA